UUUUGCUGUCAAAUGCAUUACCGUAUUUAAUAUCCAGAAAGUCAAUAAUAUUAUCAAAAUUACAGCUUAACAGCUUUAAUAAACCUAAUUACACAACAUUAAGUAGUAAUCAAUAGUUAAACAGUGCAUACACGCGUUCAAAGUGGUUAAUUUGCUAUUUCCUGGGUGCGGCGUUUGCGUGUGAUAUUUCCCAGAUUUAUUAACUUUAAUCAUGUCUGUGAGUGAAAAAGUGUCUUUAUCGGACGCUUUAAGCAAUGUGGAUGUACUGGAUGAGCUCACACUUCCAGAUGAGCAGCCCUGUAUAGAAGCAGCGCCAUGCUCAAUCCUGUACCAGGCUAACUUUGACACUAACUUUGAGGACCGCAAUGGCUUCGUCACUGGUAUUGCCAAGUACAUUGAAGAGGCUACCGUUCAUGCCAACUUGAACGAGCUGCUGGAAGAGGGCAACGCCCACGCCGUGAUGCUGUACACGUGGCGGUGCUGCUCGCGCGCCAUCCCGCAGCCGAGGUCCAAUGAGCAGCCCGACCGUGUGCAUAUUUAUGAGCGCACUGUCCAGGUGCUGGCGCCGGAGGUCGAUAAGCUGCUGCAGUUCAUGUACUUUCAGCGUAAAGCCAUCGAGCGCUUCUGCGGUGAAGUGCGCCGCCUCUGCCACGCCGAGAAACGGCGCGACUUCGUCUCCGAGGCGUACCUGCUCACGCUCGGCAAGUUCGUCAAUAUGUUCGCCGUACUCGACGAACUGAAGAACAUGAAGAGCUCGGUGAAGAACGACUACUCUACCUACAGGAGAGCCGCCCAGUUCCUAAAGGUGAUGUCAGACAGUCAGAGCCUGCAGGAGUCGCAGAACCUCUCCAUGUUCCUGGCUACGCAGAACAAGAUCAGAGACACUGUGAAGGAUGCCCUUGAGAAGAUUACUGGGUACGAGGAUCUGUUGGCGGACGUAGUCAACAUCUGCGUCCACAUGUUCGAGACCAAAAUGUACCUGACGCCCUCCGAGAAACACAUGCUGGUCAAGGUGAUGGGCUUCGGGCUGUUCCUGAUGGACUCGGACGGCUGCAACAUUAACCGCCUGGACCAGAAGAAAAAGAUCCGCCUCGACAGGAUCGACAGGAUCUUCAAGAACUUGGAAGUGGUCCCUCUGUUCGGCGAUAUGCAAAUCGCGCCGUUUAACUACAUCAAGCGAUCUAAACACUACGACCCGAGCAAGUGGCCGCUAUCUUCGAGCCCUAACCCGCCGUCUCCGCAGGCCGACCUGAUGGUCCACCUGCCCCAGAUCCGCGAGGAACACCAGAACUACAUCUCCGAGCUGGCCCGCUACAGCAAUGAAGUGACAACAACGUUCAAAGAGGCGGGAUCAGACGCCGAAAACAAGACAGUGACCGAGCUCUGCCUGCGCGGCCUGCAACUCCUCUCGUCCUGGUGUUCGGUCCUCACCGAGCUGUGCUCGUGGAAGCUCCUCCAUCCUACCGAUCACGCCAGUAACCCGCGCUGCCCACCUGACGCCGAGGAGUACGAACGGGCGACCCGGUACAACUACACCUCUGAAGAGAAGUUCGCCAUGAUCGAAGUGAUCGCCAUGAUCAAGGGCCUGCAGGUGCUCAUGGCGAGGAUGGAGACUGUGUUCGCUGAUGCGGCCAGGCGAUCCAUAUAUGCUGAGCUACAAGACUUCGUGCAACUGGUUCUACGUGAACCACUCAGGAAAGCUAUCAAGAACAAGAAAGACCUUAUUCGGAGUAUAAUAGUGUCUGUGCGAGAGACCUGCGGGGACUGGGCCCGCGGCUGUGAGCCCCAACAGGACCCGGCGCUGCGGGGGAAGAAGGACUCCGAGGCUGGCUUCACCAUCAAAGUGCCCAGAAGGAACGUCGGCCCGUCUUCCACUCAACUCUACAUGGUGCGCACUCAACUCGAAGCCCUGAUCUCCGACAAAUCUGGUGGCAGACGCACCCUCCGCAAAGACCUGGACGCCGCCACCCUCGUGCAGAUCGAGGCCUUCCACCGCCAGAGCUUCUACUGGAACUGUCUGCUGAACCUGUCAGAUUCCUUGCAAAAGUGCUGCGACCUGUCCCAGCUGUGGUACCGGGAGUUCUACCUGGAAAUGACCAUGGGAAGGAAAGUCAACAAAUGCAUGGUCCGCCACCAGCACAACGAGGAGUGCAACGACUUGAUCACCAUGGAGAAGCGGAUCCAGUUCCCGAUCGAGAUGUCCAUGCCCUGGAUCCUGACUGACCACGUCCUGCGCAGCAAGGAACCUGCCAUGAUGGAAUACGUGCUCUACCCGCUCGAUCUUUACAACGACUCGGCCCAAUACGCGCUGACCGUGUUCCGCAAACAGUUCCUAUACGACGAAGUAGAAGCGGAGGUGAACCUGUGCUUCGACCAGUUCGUGUACAAGUUGUCCGAGCAGGUGUACGCGCACUACAAGCAGCUCGCGGCCAGUAUGCUCCUGGACAAGCGGUACCGCGCGGAGUGCAUGGCGCGCGGCGCGCCGGCGGGCCCGGCGGCGGGGCGCUACGCCUCGCUGCUGCGCCAGCGCCACGUCGCGCUGCUCGGCCGCCACGUCGCGCUCAGCGCCUUGGUGGCCCAGCGGAUCAACGCGGACAUGCACCGGGCCCUGGACGCGGCGGUGGCCAAGUUCGAAGCCGGCGACAUCACGGGUGUCGUGGAACUGGAGGGCCUCAUAGCCGUGAACCGCCUCUGCCACAAGCUCCUCAGCCGCUACCUGGCCCUCGACGACUUCGAGAGCAUCCUCCGCGAAAGUGACCACGGAGUACUAGCGCCCUACGGCCGGGUCACUCUCCACGUGUUCUGGGAGCUCAACUACGACCUACUGCCGAAUUACUGCUACAACGCGGCCACUGACAGGUUCGUGAAAUGCCGCGGCAUACAGUUCGCAGCCAACGUGCAGCGGGAGCGGCCGCAGCAGUAUGGCCACGCUCUGCUGUGGGGCUCCAAACAGCUCAGCCUGGCUUACUCUGCGCAGUACGCGCAGUACGCAGGGUUCGUGGGCACGCAGCACCUGCACGCGCUGGUGCGGCUGCUGGGCUACCAGGGCGUGGCCGUGGUGGUGUCGGAGCUGCUGGGCGUGGCGCGCGGGCUGCUGCACGGCUCGCUGGCGCAGUUCACGCGCGCGCUGCACGCCGCCAUGCCAAGACACUGCAAGCUGCCGAGAUACGACUACGGCUCCAACGGCGUCUUGGGCUACUACCACGCACAGUUGACAGAUAUCGUGCAGUACCCCGACGCGCGCACGGAACUGUUCCACGCGUUCCGGGAGCUCGGCAACAUCAUACUGUUCUGCAUGCUCGUCGAACAGGCGCUGAGUCAGGAGGAGGUGACGGACCUACUGCAUGCGGCGCCCUUCCAGAACAUACUGCCGAGACCCUUCACAGCUGAGGGAGAGAAGCCCGAGACGAAGCAAAAGCGGCUGGAGGCCAAGUACGCCGCGCUGCAGAUCGUGCAGAACGUCGACAAGUACGGCACUGCGAAGCAAAGCCAACUGGCCCGCGAAGGCGACCUGCUGACCCGCGAGCGGCUGUGCUGCGGGCUGUCGCUGUUCUCCGUGGUGCUGCGGCGCCUGCGCGCCUGCCUCGCCGCGCCCGCCUGGCCGCUGCCCCCCGCCGCGCCCCACGCCGCCCCUCUGCACGCGGACGACACUAACGAGUUCCACAGACUGUGGUCGGCUCUCCAAUUCCUGUAUUGUAUCCCGGUCACCGACACACAGUUCACCGUCGAGGAACUGUUCGGCGAAGGUCUCCACUGGGCAGGCUGCACCAUCGUGGCCCUGCUGGGGCAGCAGCGCCGCUUCGAGGCCCUGGACUUCUGCUACCACAUCCUCAGGGUGCAGCGGGUAGAUGGCAAAGACGAGCUGGUCAAGGGGAUUCCCCUGAAGCGUAUGGUGGACCGCAUCCGUCGCUUCCAGGUGCUGAACUCUCAGAUCUUCGGCGUGCUGGCGCGCCACCUGGCGGCCGACGACGAGCGCGCCGGCGUCGAGCAUGUGCGGUGCUUCCCUCCGCCCAGCGCGCCACAACAUGUUGUCAACUAAGCUGGUUAAGUGCAAGGCUCGGAAACCGGUUAAAUUUCCAAACUGUUAUCAUGUCCUUAGCGCAAAACAUUUUGAUUUCCGGUUAGCUCGAAAAACCGUUACUUUUUAACCGGUUUUUAGUAGAACAUUUCCAUAAAGUUCUCGUCAGAUUAACCGGUUUAUGUCGCUCUCUAAGUUUACGUCACACCACCAGGCUAGACGGGUGUCUCGUCGCUCGUCGCAUAAACCGGUUUAAUUAUGUUACAAUAACGUUCUUAUGAAAGUUCGCAGGAAAACCGAAAUAAACCGGUAUAUACCGGUAUUUUAUAAACCGGUUCCAAGCCUUGGUUAAGUGGUUAGUAGGCGUGUAGGCUUGCCAACCGGCUGACGAGUAGGUUAGAGAUAGGGUUGUCAUAUAAAGAUAUUGGAAUAUCCAAACAAAAGUCCUAACAUCACACUUACAAUCCUGAAACUGGCCUAGCCGCCAACGUGCCAAUCGUUAACGCUAUGUAGCGUAUCGUAGUCAUCUCUCUCUGUCACUCUUCCAUAUUAGUGUAACAGUGACAGUUGCAUUUCGUUCGCUAAGGAGCGUAAACGAUUGCACGUUGGCUACGCACUCUCAGGGCCUACAGCGAACCACGUUCGACUUGUUCCCUCUCUAUCGCACUUGUAAAUUCGUACGUAAGUGUAACAGGGAGACGACACGUCGAACGUAGUUCGCGGUAGCCCCGCUGGACGGUUUUUUCUCCAACGUAAACGUAACCGUUGUCAUGUUGUUACCAUCACCACGAUAAAAUAUAAAAGCACCAAUGGAAUCCUUUAUUCAAAAACCUAUCACAUAAAUUAUGCCAAUUUCUUUAAUGUCAAUGAAAAACAUUGAAGUUUGUAUGCAGUACAUUGUUAAGAAUAAUGAAAUCAGUAGACGUAAGUUUAAAUGAUUAUUUAAAUCCCGGUUAGUAAUAGAAUAAAGAUAGUGUUUAAGAAAAAAGACAUUUUGUAUUCUUUUAUGUAAGUAGCAUUAGGAUUAUAUUCUUUAGUUUACUUGCU